GUUCUGGACAAAGUGGGUUCCUCGACGCCUGAAGCACAAUGCAUUCGUGCUCUCCCUGUGGGCCUGCGUGUGGCUGCUUGGAACCUACCCACUUGGUCUUCCUUGGAACGAGUUCCUUGCGCAAGAUCCGGCGCGCACCUGGCCGGUGCUCCACAAUGUCAUGGCCUUUGUGCACCACGCUUUCCCGAAUGCCGUUGGCACGCUGAGCCAGCGUGGCCGCUUCCACGGCUGGGAGAAGGUCCAUGAUGCAGCGGCCGAGGUUCUGCACCGCGGCUUGUGGAAGCCCAACGGUGACGAGGACCGGGGUUUGUGA